UUGACCCAAGUUGGAUAUCUCGUCUCCAGCCCCAGGGGAUAGUUAAAGCUUCUCCCUUCUGUAGUAAUGCAGAUCAGCCCCGCAGGAACACAAAGAACAUCAUCAUCAGAGCGCGCAGUGAAUCGCAAUGGGCGCCCCAGCGGGCCGUGCCGUACCGGCCAGUGGGCGGGGCCUCCCCCGGGGCGACACUGCCACGCGCCCGCCACGCUUAUUUGCAAAACAAGCGGCUAUUAUCCCCACGGCGAGGUGGAAAAGAGGCGUGGUUUAUCCUGCAGAUUAGCCGCUGGGUAAACAGUUUGGCUCGCGCCGAUAUAAGGGGACGUGUGAGGGCAGGGGGAGCCAGACAGCACAGAGAACUACAGCUCGGCGGUUCUUGCUCCUGUUGUUGAGCGCGCCACGCGACGUCCACGCGAGCAAAACGUGCCUCUUUAGUUUCUUCUCGCACUCCUCACUUCCACCACCGGGACAUCGCACCGUCUUCCCUCGGCAAGGAUGGACACAGUCGCCGACAACAUUGCCACCUUCGACUCGAUGCCGUCCACGUUCUUCGACGUGUCGGCCAGGCCGGACUCGCUGCGGCUCUCCUGCACGCCCUCACCGACGGACUCCGUCGGCUCCACGGGGACCAAGCGCUCUCGCCCCGCCGACACUCCCGAAGUCCUGCGGUGCAAGCGGAGGAUAAACUUCGACGGGCUCGGCUACUCCAUCCCACAGAGACCACCACAAGCCGUCGCCAGGCGAAACGAGAGAGAACGCAACCGAGUCCGCCUCGUCAACAACGGCUUCGCCACUCUCCGCAACCACGUUCCCAACGGCAGAGUCAACAAGAAGAUGUCGAAAGUAGAGACCUUAAAAUCAGCCGUCGACUACAUCCAGCAACUGCAGCAGCUCUUGGCGGAAAGCGACGCGGUGAAUGCCGUGUUCAGCACGGGGAGUCCCAGCCCGCACUACCACAUGUACAGUCCGCCCGCCCCACAACCCAACUACGACUCCUACAGCAGUGACGGCUCAGGGUCGCCCUGCCCGCCACUCUCACCCGAGGAGGAGGAACUACUCGACUUCACGUCGUGGUUUAACUAG